AUGGAAAAUGAAUAUACCAAAGGAUGUGUCAAUCAUCAGGAAAAAUCCAUUGAGACUGUGAGGUAGGGCUUGGGUUUCAGCUAUUCAGAUACUUAGUGGAACUGCCCACCAAGCCUUCAUCCUGGGUUGACUAGCUCAUUUUAUGCCACCUGAAAACAAUUGCCUUUGAUACACAAGGCCAGGGUCACUGCUAUGCUAAGUAUUGUUGGUUCAAGAGGAAAAAUAGGUAUAAAAGGAUAAUUUCUGGAUGCCAAGCUCUACAUUUGGGGCAAAUACUCUUUGGUGAUAGAACCACAGCAGAGAUUUAAAAUCACAAAAUAUGCAGCAAAGUGAAAUGUGGAUGUAUAGCCUGUCAGACCUUUAAAACAUGCCCUUGUGAGUUCCAAAACUUCCAAAGACCACAUGUUUGGUCAGUUAAGAUUGGUUUACUUACAAAUUCUUCAAAGAUCUGGUUCAUGUACUUUUUCCAUCCAGCAUUCAGAAAAAAGUUGCACUGGCAGUAAAACUUGUCAGUUACAGAGGUGAAAGUUCCUAAAUAAUUGGUAUAGGAACUCAAAGAGUGGCUUGUGAGAGCUAUGCAGCUAAGCUGUAGCAACCAGGUUAGCCUUUUCACUCGCUGAGCUUCUCAGAAAGACUGAAGGGGAACAAAGGAUUGAUUACCUAGUCCCUCCCACAGUGAACUAAACUUGGCAGGACAGCUUACUCUAUGGUCUUAACUCCUUCACGUAUUAAUUAGACUUAUGUAUGUUGGUUAUAAUAGGCUGGUUAUCCCACAAGUAGAUCAUAGACUUGGGCUCUAAUCAUGUCAAAGGGUUGAUUUAAGGCAGCCUUCCACCAGCUAGUGCUCUCCAGAUGUUGCUGGACUCUAGUAUUUCCCAUCCCUGACCACUCAGUUGGAACUCAUCAGCAUUUGGAGGGCAUCAGCUAGAGAACUCUGUUUUAAAGCAACAUUUCAGUUCAGUGAAGUGUAAGCAUCUUGUUGCUUGCUCUGCUGGCAUAAAAGAAAUAUUCACUGCAUAUAAACGUGCGGCUACUUUGACAGUGAAGAAAACUAUAGCACAGCACUUACCCUCUGAGGGACUAUGUCAUUUCUUAGGCCACAUCCAUACCAUACAUUUACAGAACUAAUAUACCACUUUAACAUUAUGGCUUCCCCCAAAGAAUUCUGGGAACUGUAGUUUGUUAAGGGUGCUGAGAGUAAUUAGGAGACCUCUAUUUCCUUCCCUUUGGCCCCAUAUCUCCUGUAUCUGAGUUUGGUCACAUCUGCACUAUAGUUUUAAGGCACUAUGACCCAACUUUAAGUUAUGACUUCCCCCAAAGAAUCCUGGGAAUUGUAGUUUGUUAAGGGUGCUGAGAGUAAUUAGGAGACCUCUAUUCCCUUCACAGAGCUUCAAUUACUAGAGUGGUUUUACAACCAAUUCUUCUUCCCCGGGAACUCUAUGAAUUAUAGCUAUGAAGUGGUAUGAUACUGCUUGAAAUGUAUACUCUGUUUAUACUCUGUUUCCUGUAGUGAUGCAUGUGGCCCUGAAAGGCAAAGACUAAUUCUCAGAUGCACCCAGUUGAGGUUUAAACCAAUGGCUUUUUAAUUUUUCAUUUGUAUACCGCUUUUCUACUUUGCUAUACACAAAGCAGUUUAAAACCAUAGAUAUGAGAGUAUACACAGCAAAGAUCACACAUCCUAUAACAGUCCGAUCUAAUGCAAAUAAUUCUUAAUUAAAAACACAAGUAUAAAAACAAACUUAAACCAAUUAAAAUAAUUGGCAUUGAUCCAAGAUCCAAGCUAGUUUUAUAAUUUAUAGACUAAUGUCAAGACAGUGAGCCCGCUCUUUCUACUUAGUUCUCCUCCUGCUUUCUAUUCUGCAGGGCCAGGUACUUGCGGCAUCUCCUUGUCUCUGCCCUGCAUGGGUCAGCCAAGACACCCCAGUGUCCCUCCAAGUCUCUCAACAGGACAGACAAAAGAUGAGAAGGACUAUUAUGAAGUCCUGGGCAUUCCCCAGGGGGCAACGCAUCACGACAUUAAAACGGCGUAAGUCAGCCUUCAGAGCAUUCAGUUCACCCGAGGAACCGCCAGCCUUGAGGCAGCUCUGUCUGGCUCACAGCCUCCAUUCUUCCCUCCUCAUCCCCAGCAUCACAUUUAAGCUUCAAAAGACUUUCCUACUGAAGCCAAUAGGAUUUGUUUCCAAGCCUAAUUGAUUUCUUUUCAAGCCAGAGUCACAGCUAGGGAGGGAAAAGUUAACCUUCCCCCUUGCCAAAAAUGCCUUUGCGCCAUUACUUAUUUAGGCUGGAGAAACUCUUCUGUUGGCUUCAGCAGGAAGGUUUUGUGAGGCCUAAAUGCAGCUAGGGAAGGGGGGGAGGCUACAUUGUGUGUAUAGGACAGAGAGGAGGGGAGAAUGGUUGAAUGAAUGAAUGGGUUGUGUGGAUGAGAUAACAAGAGAGUAUGUGCUGUUUUCCAAAGAGAAGCCAGCAUUGAAUCCUGAGUCACCUAUUAUGAAAUGCACAAGUAUACUUAUAUAUACUUUUAAUGACUAGGAAUGGGGAUUUGUUAUGUUGGGGCAAUGAGGAAGCACUGAAUUCUAAUACCUUCAGAAGUCAAUGAAGUAAGCAUUUUCCUUCUUUAGGGUUGGCAAAGUGUUUGAUUUUGAGUUGCAGAAAUAGAUUCAAAAAUAUAUAUAUUUGCCCAGGUGGUUAACGGGUGGUCCCAAACAGACUAAGUUGUUUCCAGAGGGUCAGGAGGUUUGCCCAUAUCUCUCACCCAUUCAGGUAGAUGCCAUCUUAUGUCCUUUGUGCAAUAAAUAGCACCUACAUAACCCACCUGUGAGGAAGGGGUACAGGGUGAUAAGUAGCAAGGAGCACUACAGUACUCUUGUACAACAAACCUGGUUCUAUUUGUAGAAUUUUGCGGUUAAAAAAAAGUGAUGGGGAAAGCGCUGGAAAUUGGGAGAUAAUUACCAAUUGGCAGAGUGGUAUAACCUCUGCACAAAUUUUGUGCAAACAAAUCAGGAUGAAUUGCUCAAAAAAUAAACAGGCCAUCUGGAACCUAAUUCUUUACAUCCUUUCCUUUAACUGAACAGGUACAGAGAGAAACUGAAGAAGUGGCAUCCUGACAAAAACCCAGAUAACAAAAAGGAAGCUGAAGAGAAGUCUAAGGAGAUAAUGGAAGCAUACAAAGUGCUGUCAAACUGUAAGGGCUCAGACUCCUAGACCCUUCUGCUGUUCUCACUUCACUGGUACCUUGGUUUCCCAAUGAGACACAAGUUGACCCUAGUUGCUGAUCAGCAAGAGAGUGAGGGAGAGAGUCUUUUCAAUCAGUGCUAUGCACUGAAGCAAUCCUGGUUAGAAAUCCACACCAGUAAUCUCCAGUCAUUUCCCACCUCAGAAGCAUCCUUAACCCCAACCUGCAGCAUGGAACCCACAUUUAUUUUAUUUUCUAACACAUAUAUUCCCCUUCUCCUUCUCUCUCCGGAUCUAUUGACACUGCUUUAGGAGUCUACGGGCUUAACUGUCUUCUCCCUAUGGAACGCUGGGAAAUGCAGUUCGGGGUGGGAACCAGCCGGUGACAGAUCUCUCUUAGCUGCUGUGCCAAACUGCAAUUCCCAGGCUUGCAGGGGGAGAGGCUAACAAGUUAUAACUAGUACAGAAAUGGCACCAAUAUUUAGAGUGGAUAUAUACCCACAUUUUUUCUCUGCCUGCUCCCAGGCCCCUAUCUUUCUACUUUUCUUUUUCUUUUAAAGCAAACGUUGUGAUGCCAUUGCUAUGACCCACCUCAUGCCAGACUGGUCCAAACCCAAUAGAUAAAGAACAGCAGUCUACACACAUCUCCUGACUGCCUGGAGGCAUCACCCUCUUUGUGCAUAUGCACAGGAGGCUGAUGUCCCAUUCGUGCCUCGGUGUUUCCAUCUUCCUUUUGGGGAAUUGCUUUGGGGUGCUUUUCUGAAGUAGUAGAGCUGCGGGGAAACAUGCAGUUUCACCAUCAGUCCAUGUCCUAUUAGUAGGUGCCUAGAACUUCUCUCCUGCAAUAUGCCGUCUUCUUUAGACGGCUGCCAGCAUCUCUGCACCUUUUCAUGGAUCCCUAUGCUGCUGCAAUUGAUUAUAACUAGGGACAGGGGCAUAAAUUUGUUUCAGCUUGCAUUUUAAUGCAACUCUACCUUAUUCGUGCUUCCCAAAACAAACCAAAAUGUAGCUAUCCUUCAAAAUUCACACUUGUCUGAAUUUUGCAAUGCAGUUCUUAAAAAAACAACAACCCCCAAACACCUGUGUAUACAUUAGAGGAAAGUAAAAAUGCAUAUAGCGAAAACAACACACAAAAAUGAUUCAUGUUAAGAGAAAAUAGCUUGCAAAAACUAGGCAAAAUUGCAUACAGAUAUGAGAAGAAAUGUUGCUGAAUAUUCACAUAGACUUAAAAAAGAAAAGCAAACUGGUGCAGGAAUGUGGUGAAUUGAAUUUAAAGAUGGAAAAACUUAAAAAAGGGAGAGAAACUGAAACUGGCAGGUUUGUUUAUCCCUAACGUCUUAAAAAGCUGGUUAGGCACCGGGGGGGUGUGGUGGAAUAGAAUAAGUUUCAGUUUUAUGGAUGCCUUGUGCCUAGAGGGGUGGUAGUUUUCCAAAUCCUGGACCAAGUGUUUGCAGCUGGCUGCAGCAGGGCUGGAGAACUUUCAGGUAUAUCUUCUGCCUUUCAGCAAACAAGCGUAACUUGGAUUGCUCCCUCCAGAACAGACAGAAUGAAAAAGGUGAGUGAUUUCACAAUUCAGUCUCACGUUCCUGAGAGGAAAUGGAGAAAGCCACAAUUAGGAGUGUCUUUGUGGAGCUCUUCUUGAUCCGCACAGCUGCAACCAUUGGCCAAAUAACAUGCGAUGAAGAAUGUGUGGCAGCCAGUGACCUGUUUUUCCUAUCUUGCCCCGGUAAUAUUUAGCUAAAGUAGAGCUCCAGUGCCAUGUCAUUGGGUGCUGCUUGCAGGGGUGAAGAAAUUCAGAGUGUGAUAAUGCCACAUGGCACUUCUUCUUUAAUUACAUGUUACCAGGGAGACCGAGAUCAGCAACAGCCCCUUGUUCCUUGUAACAUGUGUUUGGGACCCAAGGCAGCAGAAGGGAAAGAGUGAAACAUCUUUCUAAUUGGAUCCAGCUUUAACUUAAUCCCACUAAGGUUGUCAGCUCAGCUGACCUGCACUGAAUCCUGGGUCAGCCAGCCAGAGGCCACACAAUUAAUAUAAGAAUGCUGUUUGCCUCUGGUUGACCUGGCAGACAGAGAUCAGAUCGAGCAUAAUCAAAAUCAUUAUCUGGUGCAUGACAGAAAGUGCUAUAUUGACAUGCUGGGUGUUAGCUGGCUAGCUCAGUUGUGGGUGCCUUAUUCCUGCCCACCACUCUGUUACAGGUUUAUAACCUAUUUCAAAGCAUGUCAUGUACUUUUUAAUUUUCAUAGCUUUUCAGCUCUCAAUAACCUGCACUGCAUAGCUUUUUGCGCUUAGCUACUCCAAGUGGAACUUCCCUUGACGACUGUUCCAAAGCUGUAGCUUGUGCAGAAUGUGUUGGCUGACUUUUUAUAACCUUGGAGCCACAAUUCAAGUGCUGGUUCGACCUAUAGAAGAGCUAAAAAGCUGGUAUCUGGCAUAUCUAAUAAACAGUUUCCACCCCCUCCUUUGCAUAAUUAUUGUUGGCUGUCUUCCCAGUAGUGUCCUCCAUCCAACAACAGGCCAGACGCACACAGCGCUAUUUGCGGUUACUGCUCCCCAAAAUCUCUCCCUCUGGGAUUUUAACAUUUAAAGAUGGGAAGCGCUAUUUUGAGUGAAGCAGGCAUCAACAGCUAGGAGAUGUUAAUGAGUAGUGUCAGGUUUAUCUGCAUAUAUUAGUUAGAAUUUAUUUUUAGUUUUAAAAUAUGUACAAUGGAUGUUUCCAAACAUGUUUGAAGUCUAAAAUAAAAGGGGCAAAAACCCGUUGGCUAAUGACACACUUUCUCAGUCAGCUCCUUAUGCUUGAAAUUUCAACUCCUUCAUGGAGAACCAAUUACUUAGCUGGCCAGAAGGUUGCUUAAGCAGGUGUUUGCCCAGCCAAGCCCAAGCUUGCUUUCCAAUUAAGGGUAUAACAUGCUGUUGAGAACUAGCAUUGCUGCAGCUCGUCUGCCUGCCCUGCAGCCUGACAGUUUGGCUGGCAAGUGAGUCAGGCAGAGCAAGGUAGCAUCACUAAAGCUGUAGGGAUGCCUGAACAGCCAGAGACUAAAGGCAGGACUGAUGGUGCUCCAAAGCAGGUUAAAGAGAAAGCAGGAGAGACUGGAAGCUAGCAGAGGAGGAUAAUGGAUGCAACUCGGAAGUAGGAGGCAAGGGAGAGGAGGAAGAUGAGGAAGACAGAGAAGGUGGAGAAAGCACAGGCAGGAUAGAAAUAGAGGAGAAUGAAAGGGUCAAAGGGGGACAGGGCUCCCUUAGAGGAGCAGGAUACAAGUGGGUAGAAGUGGGUGGAGUUAUAGAGCAGAAUGCCCCAGUAGUGAGUCAGAAAACAGGAGAAGGAAGUGUAGAGGUUGAUAAGAUCCCACCACUACAGAUACCAUUGGGAUUAAUAGGAAAAGUUAACUAUUAGAAUAAACUUUAACCACCAUGAUAUAUUAAUUGAUGAGUCAUCCAUUGUUAUUUAAUCUUUCUUGUCUUCUGUGUCUUGUAUUGUCAUAUAUGUUAAUUCAAUGAUCCAUCUAUCUAUGAAUGAACAGAGAACAACUUGGGUCUGAUGAUGCUAAGAGCCCUGACCACUUCAGAAUAAUGGGCUCACCAGGUGGUCUCUAAGAGACACCCUGGGGCUCUGAAGACCUUUGGGGUCUUAUAGGAAAUAUGGUGUGGUUCGCACAUGGGCUUUGCUGACUUCUGCCUUCAAGUAAGAUGGAAGUGCUGAGUAUUCCAGGCCACUAACUGAACUGUCCUUUAAAUAAACUGUGGCAAAUAGGGCCACUUCUGAACUCACUUUGCAUCCAUUUUGAUUGGUUCUGGAAACACUAGAACAAGCCCUAUAAGCUAUUUUACCUCGCCAUAAAGCAUCACAAUUAAAGUUGUUAACAUGGGAAUCAAAUACAUCUUUCUGAUUUUGUAACAUCCUUCAAAGGUAGCCCAGACCUGUGUGUCAAACUAGCACAUCACUAUUCCCUAUUUCCUAUCUUGCAAUGAAAUGCUUUUGUCUCCUUUUAGGUUUUUUUUAUAUAACUUUUUAAAAAUAUUUUAUUAAGGGUUUUCUUGUUUACAGUGUAAGUGUAAAGCCUCGUAUGUUUUUUUUCCAUGUAACAUUUUUACAAAUCCGUUUCAUUUGUUGAGGCAUUAGGGGGAGAAGAAAAGAAAAAAAGGGGAAAAAAAGAAAGGGGGGUGGAGGGAGGGGAGAUGGAUGGGGGUGGGGUCGGGUAGCGGUGUUUCUAUUAUGCUUAAUGUAUGUAGAGUUUGGUGUCAGCGUGCUUGUGUUGUUCACUUGUGUUCCUUUGGUGGUGAGAGAGGUUGGGGUUGGCCUAGGGUGUGAUUGUUUGUUUGUGAUUGGCUGUGGUGAUCUUUGUUUUCGUGUGUGAGUGAGGUGGGUGGGUGUUUUGGAUCAGGUUAGCCAUAUUGAUUUGUAUGCUGUUGGCGGAUUAUUGUCAUUGUCCUGUUGGGCUGUGUAUGUGAUAAAGGGGUGAAGGUGUCUUCUUCUGUUUGUCCCCGUGUCAGUUUCAGUUUAUUAGUUAAUUUUUCUAGUAGGGCUGUUUCCCAUACUAUUUGGUACCAUUGGUCCAUGCUUACUCCUGACAGGUCUCUCCAGUGUCUGGUUAUGGUGUUUCUGGCUGCUGAAAGUAGGUGGGUUAUGAGUUCUUUGUGGUGUAAUUUUGUCUCCUUUUAGGAGAAAAUAUUGAAUUAGCCUGACUUAAUCAAAACACCUGUAUAGUUUAUUUGAACAAGUUGUGUUCACAGCAAUGCUAUUUUUAUAACUUAUACUUUUAUUAUGCUCAGGUGUGAGCCAAACACAUUUUUGUACAAGUUAGGUUUUUAUAAUACAGUAUAUCUAUGUAACUUCCAUCCAGAUACACUUAAAACCCCCGAAAGAAAUUGUAUUUGAUGUAGUUCUAUUAGAUGUUGCUAAAAUUAUUUUGCUUUGAUGAUAGUAAGCUAUGUUUAAUCAAAAUUGUUGCAGAAGUUGCAUUGUAUGUACUUCAGGCAUAUGAUUAUCAGAUCCUUUCAAGAAGUUGUAUAUUUUGUGGAAUGCAGUCUUGUUUUUCUUUGAUAAUUGAGAAAGAUUAGAAAAAUGCAUCUCCUUCAAAGGAAGUUGGGUAUAAGUAUCUUUCUGAUAUAUUAAAUUGUGACUUAUGCUUUUAAUUUCACUUAUCUUCUUUUCUGAAAUGCUUAAGUUCUACUAACUAAAGGAAAUGUAUUUGUUAUGCGCCUGAAGAUUCAUCCUUGAACAUUAAAUUUUCUGUGUGCUUAUAAGAAAGGGGACUUAUCCCCGUUAACAUGGUGGUUGUUGCAGAGGGAACCAAGGUGAAAAACCUGUCAGACUACAGUCUGGCAGACUACAGACAACUGUUUCCACUGCAUAGAAAUCAGGCUUAGAUUUGUCCUGUGAACAGAGCAAAAUAGUCACAAGACUAAAAAUUUGGUUUAUUGCAGGUGUGAUGCCUGCCCAUGAGAAAUACAAGAGUAAUACGGUAGACAAGAAAGACCACACCAAGUCAGACAAACCAAGUUCUCAGGAUGACGAGCUGAGUGUGGAGAAUGACAAGAGCUCUUGUUCUGAGUAUGAUGACUCAACAUUUGAGUCUGAUGAUGAGUCGUCGAGUUCAGAGCAUUAUUCCACCUUGAACUCUGAUGAGUCUAACGAAUCCAGUUCUGAGUCCAGUUCUGAGUGUAGCAGGUCAAGCUCCAAAUCCAGUGAACCGAAUUCAGAGUCAGAUUCUGAGUCCAACGAUCCAGGUCAGAAGCCUAGCAAGCCCCUUCCUUUGCAUCCACGUAGAAAGCCUCACAAAAGACACCGGGCAAAGCAUAACCAAUUGCCUCCAGAGAAAAAGGAUUUUCCAGUCGGGAAGGGUAAGCAGACCCAGGAUGGGAGAAGGAGAUUGCAGACUAGGGAGAAAAACCUGCCAGUCGAGAACAGCGCAUUGCACACUAGGAGCAGCAAGUCUGGUAAAGAACCUCUAGUAGAGAAUAGUGAGAGCAACAAUGGGAAGAGGAAAGCCCCAACUGAGAAGAAUGGGGCCUAUGCAGAAAAGGCCAGGCAACAGAGCGAAGAUUGGGAGACCCAUACGGGGAAGGCUAAGCUUCCCAAGCUAAAAACUGAGUUGCAUGGUGAGAGUAAGCUUCAUACAGGGAAGACGAAACAGCGGCAUGAGAAGUCAGAGUCAAGCACCAAGAACAAGCUUCGGAAUGGGGAAGCUGAUGCCCCCCCUGGAAAGCAUGAGAUGCAAACUGAGAAAUUUUCAGCACAGAAACGUAGAUCCCAUCCAGGACGUGAACCUGAUCGUGGGAUAGAGCAGUGUGCUGGGCAGAAGGAACGAUCUGACAAGCAGGAGCCACGUAUUGGACACCUGAGGUACACUAGGAGGAAAACCUCACCAAACAAAAGUAAGGAGAUGUCAGGGAGGAUGACUAAGUUGAUAUCGCCAAAGUUGAAAGAUGGAAAAGCAAUACGUUCCCAAAAGGGUGAGCUGCAGGCUGGGGAAAAGAAGACACACGCCGGGAAGAGCAAGGCAAAUGUCCAAAAGAAGGCACUGAGUGAUGAGAAGAGUAGGAUGAAAGUCCAGAAAAAUGAGUUGCAUGCUGUGAAGAACAACAUGGCAGUCCAGAAGAAGCAGCUGAAUGCUGCGAAGAGCAAAGUGCAGCUCCAAAACAGUGAUGGGAGAGGUAACAAAGCAGACCUCCAGCACACUGAGAGCGCUAUGCCUGCUUAUACGUGGAAGGUGCCAGCUACCGUCUGGCUUGGUCCAGCAGAAAAUACAGCAAGGUUUCUCUUUGGUGGGCCCCCCGAGUUCUCUGGUGUUGGCCAAGCACCACUUCCGGCUAAAAGAAAACCACGUGGAACGAAUCAGGCCAUGCAAGUAAACCAGUGGGAAAAUAUCCAAGCCUGGAAUAGGAUAAACCAGUUAAAUCCAAGGAAGAGCAUGCUUCUUCCACAUAUUGAUGCUCCAGCUCAUAAUGGAAAGACUUGGUCUCCAUAUUUAAGUAGCCAAGGGGAAAUGUUUGACCCAAAUGCCCCAUCUUCCUGUCCGCGAUGCUCCCAAUGCUGGUGCAAGCUCUUUCACGACAACCUGUGAGUGUGGAUGAGUGCUGGGCACCUCCAGGAGUGAGUGGUUGAGAGUACAAUAAAGGAAGGGUCAGGAACCCAAAUUUUAUUUGUUCAUACUUGGUGCUUGCUCUUACUCAACAAGAUACAUGGGAAUUAUUAUGAGGCUACCCAGAUGCUGGACUCCCAGAAUCCCUCAGCCCCAGCCAGCAAGGGAUGAUGGGGGUUGUAAUCCAGUAACAUUGAGAGAGUCACAGGUUUUCCAUCCCUGAACUACCAUAACAGAUGCAGCAACGGGAACACUGAGUAUCCAGGGGCUGAUGUGGAGAGGAACAAUGGUGCUUUGGCCCAGGGAUCCUUUUGCUGAAAUAGUUGUCUAUCCCCAAUAUCCAUGACACUUAAGCCACUUGCUGCUUUCUCUGAAUUUAUCACCACAGCAUUUACUUUUCCUCCUCAACACUCUGAUAAUUUCUGACCUGAUUGCCCAUGCCUACAUAAGAUGCCAACAUAUGAACAUCCAAAGACCUCAGCUGGAUGAAACCACUGGACAACCUAGUUCAGCACUUGACUUUCCACAGUGGCUAACCAGAUGUCUUCAGUAAGUUCAAAAACAGGGUAUGAAGGCAAUAGGCCCGGUGCUAUUUUUCAAGGAAAAGAGAUGUUGGAACUCGCCAUGAACACCUUAUAAUGGCAAUGGCGCCCAACUGAGUUCUGGUGAGUUCCAGCUGGGGAAAAAGCCCUGAGUAGGCCUUUUAUGGCAUGCGCCUCCCAGCCUCAAUCAACUGAUAUUCAGUCGAAUACUGCUCUUGAACAUGGAAGCUCUGCUUAUCCAGAAUUUGUCACAGUGAGUUCACUGGAACUUACUUCCCUAGUAAGUGUUUAGAACAACAGAAGUUUUGUUCCCUCCCUGCAUAUAAAUAAAAUGUCCAUGACAGGAAAUGAACAAUGUAACACCAAUUUUUGAGAUAGGGAUCCAGUGGGGGGGCCAGGAAAUUAUAUGAUGGUUAGCUUAACAUCUAUUCUGGGAAAACUAGUGGGAAGCAUUAUUAAAGACUUAAUUACAAAGUAUACAGGCGGGUGAUUCUACUAUCUCUGGCACCACAUUAAGGGGCUAUUAUCCAGGUUUUAUUCAGGUUUCAUUAUUGAAGAGAUGGGGGAUCAGCCAUUAGGAAUGCUUCUUUUCCCCAGGAGGUCUUAGUAUAACCUGAUACCUGGCUAGUACAUAACUAGCCUGUUUUGAAUAUCUACUGCCACCUCCCCCACUCCAUCUUGAGACUGUAAUCAGAUGCAGGUCACAUGGCUUUUUCCUACCCUUACUCUGCUUUCUGUCUGCCGUCUAGCCUGAUGUAGUUCUGGAGAAGUCGAAUGCUUGUACACUAUUUUGGUUGACCUGCUAAAGGUAUUUUCCCUAAUAUGGAUUGUGACUGCCAUGAGUUGUAUCUGAGUGCAUGGACAUAUUUCAAUAGGUUUGUUUUUGUUGUUGCAUAAUUUUUCCCCCAUUUAUCACUCUGCAAACAGGAGCAGAGCAGGACAAAUCCUUUGGGAGAUGUAUGUCAAUCACGAUCAUUACUGUUUUAUGGCCUGUCUGAAGCUUCCUACCUCAGGAAUUACUGGGACACUCUAUGCACUACCUAUUAAUUAUAUGCACCUAUUCAUUACAUAACAUGCAUCACUUAUUAACAACCAUGCCAGCAGUUUCGCUUGAGAAAAUUCAUGGAUUAUUUCCCUCUGGGAUGAGCCAGAACGAAAAACACAACAGGAGAGUACCAAGGCACUCACUGCAGUGUGAACUUUUAUAAGCACAAAUAGGAACAUCUGGUUAGGUUGUUAUCCAAAGCAACUUGUCCAACACUCACAGAUUUAGCUUUCUAUGGCAUUGAAAAAAAUUGAGAUUGUGACAGACUGUGGGGGGCACCUCUGUAAUAUCAGUUGCUGGCACCACCUCAGCUUUUCCCUAGCUUUGAAGCCCAAAGGCACCUCAAAAUUAUGGGCUUUCUCAUGGUUAGGGAAAUAACACUCCUCAGCCAACUGAUCAUCAUAAUUGGACCUACCUCUGAUUCCCAUACACCUAAGCAGGCAUUUACUCCAGACCCUCAAAGUGUCCCUAUUUUCCAGGGUUAUUCCUGGAUUUACAGAAGCUGUCCCGCUUUCUGAUUUGAUCCUGGAAUGUCCUGCUUUUCCUUAGGACAUCCUUAUUUUCAUUGGAAAAAUGUUGGAGGGUGUGGAGGGUGCCAAGGAGACAAGUACAGUGGUACCUCUGGUUAUGAACUUAAUUUGUUCCGGAGGUCCGUUCUUAACCUGAAACCAUUCUUAACCUGAGGUACCACUUUAGCUAAUGGGGCCUCCCGCCUCCGCCGUACAAUUUCUGUUCUCACCCUGAGGUAAAGUUCUUAACAUGAGGUACUACUUCCAGGUUAGCGGAGUCUGCAGCCUGAAGUGUUUGUAACCUGAGGUGUUUGUAACCCAAGGUACAGUCAGCCCUGUAUAGGGAAGUUUUUUUUUAAUGUUUAAUGUUUUAUGUUUAAUGUUUUAUCAUGUUUUUAUAUAUGUUGGAAGUCGUCCAGAGUGCCUGGGGUAACCACAUGUAAAGAAGAGGUUUCUUUCUAAAUUCCGAUGAUGCAACUCAGACUAGCUUGGAAGCCAUGUGUUCUGACACAUUAAUGCUCAUUCAUCCCAGACACAUGGAGAUCGAUGGUAGUUCCUCGGGGUGAGCAAAAGAAUACUUGACACACGCUCAGACACACACUCUUCUUUAUUAUUCCUUUGCAUGUUCUAGAACUGAGCCCUGUCAUGUCUGGCUGCAGGUGGAUCCUAGCCAACCCUACACACAAUGGGAAGCCAAUGACAAAACAGUGUUAUUCAGGGACCCACAGAAAUGCUGCAUGACUUUGUGUUACAGAGAUGUUAUUUCACAGUUUCAUACGGUCAUUUCAUACAACAGAUCACACACAGUGCCAUAUAUUCCUUACCAUUUCCUCUCUGUGUCUGUGAUGAAUCCCAGCCUCUAGCUGUCACGUGGUGAUGCCCUGGCUAGGAGUCCCCUUCCCUCAAUUACUAACCCCUCAUAGGUACCAUACACCUGGGCCAUGACCAAGAGCUUGCAGCCUCACCCCCCUGACAUCACAAUCUGCAGAAGAUUGUCAUUGGUUGCAGUAUAUGCUCAUCAAGAGAGGGUAGAUGCAAAAGGAUGAUGGAGAGGUCCUGCUGUCCUUUCCUAUGUCCAAGGCAGCCAGAGGCAGAAACAGAGGCUUUGGGCAGGUAUGAAGAGACAGAGGUAUUGAGUUCAUGAUGCAGAUAGCAUGCACCUUCUCCCUCCCUCCUGAAACAAUAAGAUGAAUCCAGAACUCCACAGCAAGAGGGUGGAAGAAGCCAAAUGAGCUCUAUGUCUCCAGGGAUGCAGAUGGAGAAGAGUAAAGUCUAGAGAGAUCCUGGAAUACAGAGAUCAGAAUCGGGAAGUUAGACCCUUAAGCACAAAAAUGUAAGAUGAGCCUGCUGGAUCAGGCCAAUGGCUCACCUAGUCCAGCAUCCUGUUCUCACAGCGGCCUUCCUGCUAUUUUAUAUCUGCAUUCUUGAACUACAAGUCCAGAUGGCAACUCAGUGGUGGGUGGCUGUGGGUAACCAGUCCAGAUAUCUGCAAAGCAAUUGCACAUAUCCAUAAAGCAUGUCCUUGGCAUUGCUUAAAAAUACAUAAAAAUAUGUAGGUGGAAGAAAACUUAAUGGAAUUCCCUUCAGAAUAUGGAUCAAUGUAUUUAAUAUUCCCAAUAAUCUCUACCUGGCCUUGCAGGGAUUUGAACCUGUCGCUAUUAUACCACAAUGACCUUCUCAAAAACAAAGCCUCCUUUUGGCCAUCUCCUGUCCUAGUGAUCUUGUGUGCAUAACAUGGAUUAGUGCAGGGGUGCCCAAACUUUUUUCAAAGAGAGCCAGAUUUGAAGCGUAAGGGCCGACCAAAGUUGUUGAGUUUUUUAUAGAAUUGAAGUUGCUGAGUUUUUUUUUUAGGAUUUUACCCCAGGACAUAUACUGCUACAGGGGCCAGAUUAAAUUGGCUGGCAGGCCGGAUUGGGCACCGAAACAGACUUUGGACAUGCCUGGAUGUCUGCAGUCUGCGCUAAAUGGAGGAGAGGUGUUUCCACUAUUUCCACUUGUAAAGAUCCAGGGCAAUUUAUUGCAGGUAUAUAUACCGUAUUUUUGGCUCUAUAAGACUCACUUUUUCCCUCCUAAAAAGUAAGGGGAAAUGUGUGUGCGUCUUAUGGAGCGAAUGUAGGCUGCACAGCUAUCGCUGAAGCCAGAACAGCAAGAGGGGUUGCUGCUUUCACUGUGCAGCGAUCCCUCUUGCUGUUCUGGCUUCUGAGAUUCAGAAUAUUUUUUUUUCUUGUUUUCCUCCUCCAAAAACUAGGUGCGUCUUGUGGUCUGGUGGUCUUAUAGAGCGAAAAAUACGGUACUUAACGAUUUACAACUUGGUUAUCAACACAGGCCAAAGACCUUUUUAUUUUAUUUAAGUACAAUAAUUUGUGCCUUUGUUAUGCUUAGCCAGGACCUAGGGCCACUUAUUCAUUUAUAAUACUGUAUAGUGCAGCGGGUGGCACUGUGGGUUAAGCCACAGAGCCUAGGGCUUGCUGAUCAGAAGGUCGGUGGUUUGAAUCCCCGCGAUGGGGUGAGCUCCCAUUGCUCAGUCCCAGCUCCUGCCAACCUAGCAGUUCGAAAGCACAUCAAAGUGCAAGUAGAUAAAUAGGUACUGCUCCGGUGGGAAGGUAAACGGCGUUUCCGUGCGCUGCUCUGGUUUGCCAGAAGCGGCUUAGUCAUGCUGGCCACAUGAUCCAGAAGCUGUACACCGGCUCCCUUGGCCAAUAAAGUGAGAUGAGCACCGCAACCCCAGAGUCAUCCGAGACUGGACCUAAUGGUCAGGUGUCCCUAUGCCCUUUUAUAGCGUAGAACAAGGGAGUUGGUCAGCAAUGUCCUCCUGAGGUGGAAGCACAUGCCACCUGCAACUUAUGAGAGGAUGGGAUAGUGGUGGCUGCACAUAAAGCUAAACUAUGUUUAGAACAGACAUCUUGUAUUAGGUACUUUCAGCAGAAGAUGUUUUGCAUCUGGCAUCAGUUGAGUGCUUCUGAGAGCUGGAGUGGGUGAGGUGGAAGCCUGGCUGGAGGAUGAUCAAUGUCCUACCAUGUUCUUCCCUAAUUUACAGCUGGCCUCUGUGCUAAACAAGCUGCAUCAUGGUUGAUUACUACCAAACACUGGACAUCCCUCAAACGGCCUCCUCAGAUGACAUUAAGAAGGCGUAAGUAGCACAAUGUGCACCAACCACAAGAUAUUAUAUGAACCCGAAUUUGGCACUUCAUAAAAUAGCCCAGUUUGGCUCAGAUCAGUUUGGAGCCUGCCCAGCUCAGCUUAGGAAGGUCUAUCUUACCCUGCUUCCUUCUCCUCACCCUUAUUCACUAUUGGGAAUUUUUUUUAAUGACUAUGACUUUUCUCACCUUUGACAGAAGUGGAUACAUAGCAGCCCUUCCAGAGUAGAUAAACUGUCAAAUUGCAGGUAAAUAGGUCCAGGGACUUUUGUGCUGGACACAUCUAAACUGUGAUUCACCCCUACUCCUUUAGGAAUAUCUGUGCAAUCUGCCCUUUCUUUAUGUUGUUUGGUGCAUUCAGUUUCUAUCCUACCUUUUCCCAAGGAUUCCAGGUAGAUUAUGGUAUUGCACUUCAAAGCAAUCAUACGAUAACAUAGCUAAAUAAAUUAAAAUUACCCCAUGCUUUUUAAAAAUAUCAUUUAUUGAAAAACAAAAAAACAAAAAGGACAUAAUUACAAGUGCACAGAGUAAUAUGACACACACAAACAAAUGUAGAAAACAAAACAAAAAAAAUCACCCCAUGCUUAUUAACCCUGGCCACAGAAUGCCAGACCAAAGAAAAAAAGUUCUGCAACUAUUCUGGAGAGCUUACAGACCCAGACUUUGAUUGGACAAAGGACUCUAGGACAAAGGAGUUCCGCAAUUAUAGGUCAGCCACCAAACUCACCGAUCUACAAUACAUACCCUCGCUAUUUGAAUUUGGUGCAUGGACAAUGUAUUCAAGAAGGUACUCAGUAAUAAUAAUGGCCAAAGGGGCUUAAGAGGUCGGAUUUAGCACCUUGCAUUGUGCCUGGAAUGCAACAGGACAGGGAGCCAAUGCAGAUGCUACAUCACAGGUGUCAUUCAUCUUUUGAGGCAUACCCCAGCAUGGAAUCAGGAUCCCACACUGUCUACUAGCAGAACCCACCAGAUAGUAACUGAAUGCAACCCAAACAGAGUCCAUCAUAGCACCCUAUCCUUGAGGUUACAAAGGCAUUCCUACAAAUUGGUUGUACGCCAGCUACGUGGUGGUCCUUUCUGUAAUAUCUGUAAUAUCUGGGGAAUGCAGAAAUUACACAAUUGCCAAUAUUAGGGUUUCAAAAAGUAAAAACCCUAUAUUUCAAAAAGUAAAAACCAGGACACCCCAAAUUUUGUUGUGCUUUUUUUCAAUUCUGCCUUUGUAAUCCCGAACAUAUGGCAGCCCUAGUCAAUAUUGCUUCUUAUGUGAAGACUUCUAGAAACCAACAGAUUAUGUAGUUUGAGCAUGCACCACAGCAUGUACUGCUGGUAUCGGGGAAGAAAGGACACCUCUCCUCUUGACAUAAUAUUGAGAGGUGACGGUUUCUCUUAAUGGUAAUCCUACAGUUCAGUCUCUCCUUUUGGACUGCUGUAGGUACAGGAAGAAUGCACUGAAAUGGCACCCAGACAAAAACCCAGGGAACAAGGAAUAUGCGGAGAAGAAAUUCAAGGAGAUAGCAGAAGCAUAUGAAGUGCUAUCAGACAGUAAGACAUUGGAUCAUUCUCGCCAUUCACCAUCCCAGGGGUCUCCCAUCUCUGAGCUGUUCCCUAUGUGCUCCUAUAUGCCCCCUGCCUUGUUGUGGUCUUUUAGAAGCCUUCCCUAUAAUGCACACAUGCCGCUUCCUGAGCUGCUGCUGGCUCCCAGUUCUCACUCCCUGCAGGCCACAGAAGUGAGAGCUCAGCCCAAUCACAGUCCACCCAGCAUGAGUUUCCUGUACAACCCCUUCUCCAGGCACCUGGCAGCCCCUUUGGUUCACUGCUAGACCUGCCAGUCUGCCUUCCAUCCAUCUCUUGAAAAGGAAGAACCAGGGGCGCUUUGAGCAACUAUAUUUUCUGCUACUCAGUACUUUGCUGCUGUUUGGGGUCACAGUGCUUAGUGUUGGAGGGAGAGCUUGUGGUGUCUCAGGGCAGCGGCAGAGCAAGCCGAUCGGGCACCUGGGGUGGCAUGUAUGCCCUGCGUCUGGGAGUGUGGCCAGCCGCGUGCAGGGGCGGGGCCAGCCGGGGCAGGACGCUCCGCAGGGCCUCCAAGGAGUCAGCCUGCCUCCGCCCACUCAGCCGCCCUACAGCUGAGGGGGAGGUGGUGGGCAGACUGUUUGGGGAGAGACAUGUGGCACGGGCACGCUGCAGACCCCAUGGUGAGUGCCGGCUGGCAUUUUGUCACCCCCUACUUAGUGGUGACACCCGGGAUGGACCGCCACCACCGCUCCCACCUUGCUCUGCUACUGUCUCAGGAGUCUUGUAGCUAAAGCAUUUGCACAGGAUUGUAGCAAAAGCUGUAUGGUCUUCAAGAUGGGACUGGCCUCCUCUUGUUCCUUAUUUCUGGCAGGUUAUAAGCGGGACCUUUAUGAUCUCUACGGACUCGAGGGGCUGAUAGGACUAAGCACAGGUGAGUUGAGGUUAGUGUGUAGACAUACAGGACAUAUUAUCCAUACCCACCUCUGUUCUGGGCUCAGUCCUCACCACAAGCACUUCCUGGUGCUCUCACCAACUGGUGCUCCUCCCUGCUACCCUGAAAGGUUAGAGUUUGUUUAGUACCGGAGGGCAGGAACCUACCCUGUGCAGGCUGUCCCAGGCUUGCACUUGGAAAUUUUCUUCCCUACUGGAAAUCCACAGGGAGAAAAAACCCCCGAUGAAAAUCUGGGUGGCUCAAAACACAUUGUUGCUUCACAGUGUCCUUUACUCCUGCCCCCUAUCUCUCUAUCUUUCUGUGUUUUUAUUUUGGGAGCUGUCCUCUUGCCUGACCACUGUUUGCAAAGGGGUGCAUGCAUGGAGACCCCUCUUGCAUCAAUAGGGAAUAAUGAACCCUGGGAACUGAAUUGUUUUCUUUUGUGGUUUGGGCUGCUUCCUGCUCUGUGUUUCUUCCUUUCUGGCUCUGCAUCUUGCUUUGGGCCAAGAGAUCAUGCCUAGAUUCAGCUGUCCUCAGCAUAUCAUCCCCUUUCCCUUCUUCCUCCACUCCCUGAAAGACAUCCACGGUGUGCUGAGAAGUGAUGGUGACAGGUAUCUGGUUUGUUUUCUUGAAGGUGCUGGGUUUUAUCCAAGCGCCACUGAGACUCCGGACUUCAUGUUCACCUUCCGUGAUGCAGAUGAGGUCUUCAGAGAGUUUUUCGAAGGACAAGAUCCCUUCAGUGAACUCUGUGGUAUGUGCUGGCACGAGGGGAACAAGGGGUAGGCAACAUAAAGCUGCCUUAUAAUGGUGUCUCUGGCUCACAGCUGUCUCCUCUGGUGGGCAGCAGCUCAGGCCUCAGGCAGAGGGGUCUUCAUCAGCCUUUGCACCCGAGACAUCUCUUCAUUUAACCUGGAGAUGCCAGAGACUAAACUCAAUGUGUUCUGCCAAGAGAUAUUUAUUUUAAAACAGCAGUGCUACACCCCCAAUUACCCAGGCUGCAUCCCUUACCGACCCUACCUUACACCACCCUCCUUGAGUACUUUCUUCUGGUGGGAAAGUGUCUUUGAACCUUGGUAGUAGCUUUGGCUUGCCGUGAUAGAGAGAUGUGGAAAGGAGGAGAUGCAGAAGCUGCUGACCUUUGCAUGGCUGGGCUGCCGCUUACUAUACAAAGGUGAGAGCCGCAUUUGUCUCCCUGCCCACUUUGCACCUGGCCCCACCCACCAGCAGCAUGCAGCCGCUAGAAGUCUGCCUGUGAGGGAAUGCAGUCCUUGGGCUGCAAAAGUUUCACCACCCUGCUUAAAAAUGUCUAAAACUUGCUUCUUCUGCUAAAAAAUAAAGGCACUAACACCCUAUUCUCAAGACGCAGUACCUUUCUCAGAGACAAAGGAGCUAGACGUUAUUAUAGCUUGCAGGACCAAGGUUACAAGACAACGGCCUCACUCACAUUUUUCUUAUUUGCAUUCUUUUUCAACAGUGGAAACAACAAAAAUGUUUCCUCCCCUCUCCAACAGUUCACCCCUGUGCAUGUUUGCUGAGAUAGCGGUUGCUCUGUCUUCAGAGGGUCUUGUGCCCAGAUAAGUGUGUGUCGGAUUGCUGUGUCACCAGGCUGCUGAAACGGAGCCAUUUGGAGAGGAAGAGGAGGGGACUUUUGAGAGAGAAAGGAUUGUGUGAGCUCUGUCCUCCCAGCCUGAGCCUGAGCUCAGAGCAGUGUUCUGUUCACCCUAAUGAAUCAGCCACCACAGCAGUGGAUUAUAUUCACUACCAUGAUCCACAGGGCUUUUCUUCUUUGUGCUUUGACAGAGACGAGGACAGGGGGAAGGUUCCAGGUCUAGCUUGGCUGCAAUCUUUCUGCUCUGUCCUCACCCUUACUGAAGGGGUGCCUGUCACAUAAGACAUCCUCUCUGUGGCUUGGGGUAUGGUAUAAACAUGGAUUUGUAUUGCAUUAUAUUACCUGAUCUGCUUAGGCUCAUUGCACCAAGCAACGAAACUGAACAUGUCCCUGCAUUAUCUGGGUUAUAAUGUGUAACUGGAAAGUCUUCCACUUAUCAACCUCCUCCUUCCUUUCCAGAGGAGUUGUCCCCAUAUACAGAUCUUCAAGGAGGAAUACCCCAGUGGGUCGUGCCAGGCUGUACCACCUACUCCUAUUGCUCCUACAGCUCUCCAUUCCAGACAGGUAAGGCAAGGAUGCAUCACCUCAGUGGGCAAUCUGCUGCACAUGCUCAUUGCAGGGCUUGCCUCUGUGCUUCUCCAAUACACUUUGCCUCUUCCAUAUCUGCUUCUCUACCUCAUUCUGGCUCUGUCAUCUCACAAGGACCCCAUUCACCCCUGCUUUUAAAUGUCCGAGGAACAAUUCUCCUGUUAAGUGUUAGUGCCUCCUUUGUCCAGUCCCUUCAUUCCCACUGACAUUUGCAGUAUGGGAGGCCUCUGCCAUUUGGCUGGUAUUGAGGCCUGCACUAGCUGCCUCCCUUCCCCUCAGCAGUGAUGUUGUCACUUUCCCCUCCUAGAUUUCUUCACUACGUUUGGGCCUGGUGCUGAAUUAGGAAUAGGCUUCUGCUCUGUCUCCACAUCUACCAAGUACAUCAAUGGCAAACGGAUAACCACCAGGAGGUGAGGUGACAAGGAGGGGCCAGGUGCACGCGAGUUAGCCUGCCCCCUAAUCAGAUGUAAUGGCAAACUAUCAUUUUCUGCAAGAGCAGAAACAACUCACUAAAGCAAAUUGUGCAAAAGGAGAAUGGAGAGUGAAGGGGGAAGAGGGAGUUUGUGAGUUCGGGGCUUUGCUAAACCAUCAUUUGGCAUUUUGUUUGAACUUAGAAUAUAUGUUCCUUUUCUAUUACCUGUCCUCCAUUAACCCAAAUUCAUGUGCUGUGCAAAUAAUAGAAGAGACCUUCAAAAGCCCUUCAUGUGGGAUGAAAUGCUCUUACAAAUGGGAAAUUCUUCCUUAUGUUUAACCUAAAACUGCUUCCCUUCAGUUGUUUUUGCCCUGUCCACCUACCUGAUCACCUUCUGAGAUUUUAAAAAUACUAUUAAAAACGACCAGUAUAUUGUCCUUCCUUAAUCUGUAGGCUGAUCCUUUGCUCAGAUUGUUUAACCUUUUAUCUUCUUACAGUUCAUUUAUGAACUGGUGUGGGUUUAAAAACCUUUAGUGUCCAAGCCUCAACACAGUACUGCAAAUAAAGAAUUAUCCUUGCUGUAACGUUUCAGAUUUGCCCUUGCUUAAUUUCAUUUUGUUCCUCUUGACCAGUUCUCGUUAUUAUUGAGAUAAUUUUGAAUGCACAGCUUGUCCUUUGGAUUCCUUGCAAUUCCACUCCAUCCCCUGUACAUCUGACUCUUCUCGCUCUUGCAUAAUAAUACUGGUAACUAAUAACUCCUAUCCCUGCGGAGUAGAUCUUGACAAUUGUUUCCUGCUUACUAUCAGUGGUUUCCCAAUCAAUCAGUUUAUUUGUUUAGAUAUUUAACUAGCCCCCAUGCUGUGCUUGUGUUAGUUAAAAACCGUUAAGGCAGAAAAAAAUGAAGCAAAACAUUCUCAGUGUUGACGAUAAAAAUAGCCACUUUGUAUUAACUUUGUCCUAAGUCUUACAGGGCUUCUGAGCAAUGCUCAGGUUUGGAUUGUGCUGAGCUUCUAGCAGGAGGGAGUUUAGGGAAGAAGUCACCGAGAAGGCCUCUGUUGGGGUGUGGGGUGUGGCGUGGCGGCAGCGCACGCUUGACCAGAAUGCAAUGUGGCAAGUGCUGCAAUGCAAUGUGGCAAGGCCUCUUUUGCAGGAUCCUUGAGAAUGGGCAGGAGAGAAUGGAGAUUGACGCGGACGGGGAGCUCAAAGUGGCAGAAGUGCAUGGUAAGAAAUCAAACUCGGAGGGCACUAGAGUUGGGCACACAUCUAGAAGGGAAGAUGGGGGUCUUGGCCUGCAUCUCGGUCAGUGGUGACUGGUGUUUACUGUGACUGCCAGAGCCAAUGGGUGACACUGAGCCUAAGUUGAGGAGGAGCAGGAGCAGUUCUACGGCUCACUCUAGGCUGGGCAGUCCCUGGAGUAAUAAGGGCAUCCAUUGUACCUCAUCUCCCAUUAGCAGCUGUGCAAGGAUUAAGACUAUUUGGGUCCAGGCUUGAACUGGUCCAUGUUUCUCCCAUAUUAAAAUAAGCAGAGAAAUCCACUGAGGUCAAGAUAUUCUUUUCACAUUGGCAGUGGGUCCUCCUUGAUUGAGGGCUGCUGAAGGGGCACUGGGAAGGCUUCCCAUUCUAUGUUGCUAUCUCAGGUGCUAAAGAACCCUGCCCCUGCUCCCAUUGUCUCUCGUUCCUAUCCAAAUGACACUGCUGCAUGCUGGGGCAGAACGCAAAGCCCCUUGGAGCCUCAGGGAUGCUGGGCUCACAGAGUGAUGCUGAAGGGGCUGCUUCCCCACCCCUUGCUUUGUUCACCUCCUCCAGGCCUCACCAACGACGACUUGAAGGCCACGGUGGAGCUCAUCCAGCCGGAGCAACACGAGAUCCUGCGCUCGUCUGCUACGGACAUCCCGACUCCGCCACGCCCGCAGAGCGCAGGGUUCUCUUUCGCCCACCCUGAGGACGAAGACAAGGAGCUGCAUCGGGCCACCCUGGCCUACAGCCUGUCUGAGAUGGAGACCGUGGGGCAGCAGCACCUGGCGGGCGCCCCCCGAGACAGCUCCAGGAAGAGGCGAGGCAGCGCUCGGAGGGCACACAAAAGGACGCCAGGGCCCAGCGAGGAAGUGGCGGGUGCUCCCUUUCCCAUUAGAGCCAGGAGCCCGGGCGCAGGAGACAACACAAAGGAGGACAAGCCAGCAGAAGGCCCAAAGGGCAGAGGCUGUGCUGAAGAGCCGGAGAAGCAGCAGCUCGCCUUGCCGGCGGCCCCUGAGGAGAACGACUCGGUCCUCAGUGACAUGCGGUAUGUCUUCCCCGACAUUAUCCCUUCCCACAGGGAGAGGGAAUCCAUCAUGUGCACUGUCCUCUGA